AUGUCAAAUACAAUUGAUACAUAUCUUAAUAAUUCAUUAGAUUCAUCACAACAAGAACCAUUAACAAUUCUAGAACAAGUUGUUAAUUUAGUUCAAGAAUUAAAAGAUACAAAAGAUGAACAACAUCAAGUUAAUACUGAACUUGAUCAAGAAAUUCAAACUCGUCUUGAAGCUGAACCUGAAGUAUCUCAAUUAUGUCAACAAGUAGAAUUAGUUGAAGUUAAUCUUGAUAAUACAACAAAUCAUGUUAAUCAUUUAACAACACAAUUAACAGACACAACUAAAGUAUCAGAAAUUGAACAACAUGUUGAUACUAAUCUGGAAAAUAAUUUAACACCUGUUGAAGAUAAAGAAAUUAAUCUUGAUAAUCAAUUACGAAAAGUAAAAGAAUAUAAUAUUCAAACAGAUAAACGUUUUCAUGAUAAUAUAAAUAGAUUAACAGAAUUACAAGAACGAUUUGAAAAUGCUGAACGUCGAUCAGCCAUUGCUCAGAAACGUAUUUCUUCUCUUGAAGAAGAUAUUCGAAAUGCAUAUAUAGAAAUGAAAACAUUAAUUCAAGCUAGAGAAAGAUCACGUACAAGAGAAGAAAAAUAUUUGAAAGAUAUUGAAGAUUUACAAAAUCGACUUAAAACAGCACAACAACGAACUGAUAAUGCUGAAGCAGAUGCUGAAAAAUCACAACUUAAAAUAGAACAACUUCAAGAAAAAUUACUUGCUGAACGAAAUAAAAGUUCUCGAAUAGAAAAGAUGAUAGCUAAUUCAUCUAAACCAUUAGAAUAA